UGCGCAUGCUCGUGUAAGCGAGGAAGAUGGCGGCGCCCUGCAGGACUCUGCUGAGGUCGGCUGUGGAAGGUCUUUGCUACUUAUCAACCAGAAGACUCUGUUUAAGGGCAGCUCAUGUGCAGAGCGUGACCAAUCACAGAUCACAGCAGUCUGUCUUACACUGCAGAGCUCUUCACUGCAGCCACUACCCUUUACUAAGCAGUACUAAGACAGAACCUCAGAAAGCAGCAGAAGCACCAAACACAACAGAGACUGCAAGCGAACAAAAAAAGACAGAAGACGAUGAGGUGGAGGAAGAUUACGGACCAGAGUAUAUUCCCAAACGGAAGGCGAAAAAUCCAAUGAUGAUAAUAGGAUAUGCAUGGAUUAUUGGUCUUCCCACUGGUAUAAUUGGGUUUAUUCUGGCUAAGAAGCAGGUGGACAAGAACAGACUGAAGCAGCUAAGAAUCCGGCAAAGGAUGAAGAAGGCCAACGAGGGAGAGUAUGAAAGAGAGCGCUACAAACCCGCAGCAGGGCUGACUGACUGACUGACUGACUGACUGACUGUAUGAAAUGUUACCUCUUUUGCAUCCAGGUUUGCCUUUUUUUGGGGGUUAUCAAUGAAAACACAAUGAAAAGCAUCAUAUAUCAAAUUAAGUGCAUUAUUUUAAAACCAAACCUGAAAAUAAAUAUUGGCUUUGUCCAGUGCCAGACUAUCAUGUGGAGAAUAAAAUACAAAUCUGACACAUCUCAUUAGAAUAAGAUUAGGACUGGUCUUAAAGUUCUUAAACUAGGCUGAUUCUCACACACUUGUAUAUGUUGGAUCUCGUAAGAGCUUCAGUUGCCAUCUUAAAAAUCAGCUGGGAAGUGAGUCAGCUACUCUCUGCAUCAUUAUUGAAAGAAUAUGUUUGUAUAUAGACUCAAGCCUGUGAUUGGGCUUCAUGCACUGCGCAUGUGGUGCCUAAACAGAAUCUGCUUUGUGUGCAAAACCCACUUUCAGACCAAACAUUGAAUUUUACAAGCUCCCUUUAUUUACACAUGACAUUUAGGAAAGACAUCUCUGUUUACUUAUGUAUAAAUGCCUCCAAAAUAACUAAAUGUAUAAAGGCAUCAAAAAUAAUCUGUUCUACAUUUAUUGUACAGUAAAAUAAGGUUGACUACAAAGUAAAAGAUUAUUGUUAUA